AUGGUAAAUGGCAAUUAUCAUCAUCAUGAUUAUACUAUCGCGUGGAUCUCUGCGCUCCCCUUGGAGAUGGCUGCCGCCGCCGCAAUGCUCGACGAAAGGCAUCCGGACCUGACAAUCGACCCGAGUGAUAAUAACAGCUAUAUCUUUGGCAGCAUACACGGGCAUAAUAUUGUCAUCGCAUGCCUACCCGCCGGAGUUUAUGGCACAGUAUCAGCCGCAACCAUCGCCAGUCAGGUCCUGUUUACCUUCAGAUCGAUACGAUUCGGCUUGAUGGUUGGUAUCGGAGGUGGAGUCCCAUCGCAAGCCGACAUUCGACUCGGCGAUGUGGUGGUCAGCAAGCCAACGAGGGACUAUGGUGGCAUCGUGCAGUACGAUUAUGGGAAGUCUCUGAGCGGCAACCGCUUUGAGAGAAUCGGCAUGCUCAACAAGCCUCCGUCAGUGCUUUUGACUGCAAUCUCCAGAUUGCAAGCAGAGCAUAUGGUGAGGCCAAGCAACAUCCCUGCCAUAUUAUCAGAUAUGAUAUGCAGGUACCCGAAAAUGAAAGACAAAUUCACCUACCGGGGUGCAGAGCAUGACCUUCUGUUCGAGUCCGAGUAUGAUCAUGGUGACUCUAAUAGUACGUGCGCAGAUUGCGAUACGAAGAGACGAAGGAUUCGCCCCAGCCGAAGCGAUGAUACCCCCAUGGUCCACUACGGGCUUAUUGCCUCAGCAAAUCAGGUCAUGAAAAAUGCCCGUACCAGAGAUCAACUAGCUGAAGAGAUUGGUGUUCUCUGCUUUGAGAUGGAAGCAGCUGGUUUGAUGGACACUUUUCCUUGCUUGGUAAUCAGAGGUAUCUGCGACUACGUAGACUCCCAUAAAUGCAAGCAGUGGCAGGAAUAUGCGGCUGCCACAGCGGCAGCAUAUACCAAGGAGCUUCUUUCCGUGAUUCACCUAAAGCAAGUGGGCGACAUACCACCAUCUAACAUAACUUCAGAGCUGUCGCAAUAUGGUCUCAAGGUCCGGACAUGUACGGAAAGCUUUGCAGGCGAAAUAAGAAAGCGAAACCAGCAAGUUGACAUCGGACAGCUUCUCGACCGGAUCUCAGACUAUGAUCAUGACAAGGUUCAUCGAAGACUGGCUCAAAAGCGACUUUCGGGAACGAUCGAAUGGUUCUUGAACCAUGCAUUGUUCAGAUCGUGGCUCACGGGAGAUGACCAUUCAAGUCUCUGGUGCUCGGGUAAGAUCGGUUCAGGCAAGACGAUCAUCGCGGCCACUGCCGUAGAGGCCAUCAAGUAUCGCGCACAUGAUGAUACUCGUUGCCACUGUCCUACGGUGGUCUUCUACUGUGAGAGUGAGAACUAUGGUUCGCUGCAGGCUUCCUAUAUUCUCUCUAGUUAUAUAAGGCAGUUGACUCACCUUUUACACGAGUCGAGCCACGUCUUUCCACCAAAUGUGGCUCGCGAAUUGGAGCGCUUUUUCGGGGGAGAUAGAACUGUACCAGACUAUGAGGAUCUGAAGGAUAUCUUCAGUCAUCUAUUUUCAUACAUGCCGAACACAGUCUACGUGCUUGAUGGACUCGAUGCGCUGGAACAAAGCGAAUGCCAAAAAAUUCUGCUACUAAUCCAAGCAACCUUCAGUACUGUCAGACCACCCAAUGGAUCAAAGAUAUUCAUGUUGAGCCGGGAUCAACUACCGGGCUACGUAAACAUCUCUACCUUCAUGCCAUGGGCCCUUCGAAUCUCAACAUUCGAAAACGUUACGCAGGAUAUCGAAUUCUACAUCAACGUCAGUAUCGACGAUAAAUCUAUGCUUCGGAAGCUUACCAGUAACCGUGCUUUGCUCAAUGAGAUCAAGCACAUACUCAUCACUGAAGCCUCAGGAAUUGGGUUUCUAUGGCCUUACCUCAUUCUUGAGAUCUUGUGGUCGACAUGCUUUACAGAUUCCGAGCUGCGCUCUGCUUUGAGUCAGCUUCCUAGAGAUCUGGAAGAGACGUACAGACUCUGCAUUAGGCGAGUGGCGUCCGAUCCCAGAGCUUUAAAGGUUCUGAAAUGGGUCGGUUUUGCUAUCAGACCUCUCCACAUCGAGGAAUUGAAAGAAGCGGUAGCAUUUGACACCAAUGACACUCUUUGGGAUCAUGAAAAAGUUCCCCAAGAUGAAUUUGUUCUUGGCAGCUGUGCUAAUCUUGUGGUUCUAGACCCUACUGAUCACUGUGUUCGCUUCGCACACUCCUCAGUCAAACCAUUCCUUCUGGACCAAGGCCACCAUGAUUUGAAUUAUCCCACUAGUGAAGCUGUCGGCCGACUAGAAUGCGGAGAAUUUUGCGUUGCUUAUCUUUCUUUUUCGAACUUCAGCUUGCAGGUCAAGUCGCAAGAACAGGAUCGUUCCUCAACAGGCUCACCAUUCGUCAUGCCAGCUUUGCUCGCAGGUGAAGCCUUCAAGUCCUCUCUAGCCUCUCUUUUUCGUGCGCAUAAAUCUCAAAAGGUUUCUGUCAAACUACCGAUUCGUCCGAUACGUACAGAGUCGCCGGGAGGACAGUACAGGUUUCUCAAUUACGCUGUUUCCAACUGGGCAUUGCAGACAAGCAACAUAACGCCUAGAUCUCCGGUUUGGGACAGGUUCACACACCUUGCAACAUCCUUCAACGAAACCUGGAACUUUCAUCCCUGGGUGGCAGGAGGGCGUUCACGCCACUCCUUUCUCCAUGGUCUCUUCGGUUGGGCUGUUAAGGCACAACACAUUCCUCUCCUGUCCAUUGUCAUGCGUUAUAAGCAGGAGCUCGCGAGGAUAUGCAACCUUCCGCUUGUUGGAGAAGAUCUCCCAGCUCUUCAUCUUGCCUCAAAAUUCGGAUUUCUUUCAAUUGUACAACGCUUGCUGAAUGUUUGUGAAAUCAACUUGCCCGACCUCGAAGGAUACACGGCGCUACAUCACGCGGCUGAGAAGGGUCACUUAGCUAUCGUGGAAACCCUUCUCAAAGUGAAGGGGAUAGACGUCAAUAGCAAGUCUCGGACCCAGGCCACACCCCUCUGGCUAGCAGCUCGCAGCGGACAUUCCUCCAUAUUGCAGGUGUUGUAUAAACGAGGCGCCGACUAUCGAGUGCGGAAU